UAAUAAUCAGUUGACCUCUAUUUAGGAGCCGGCAUGUUCUCGAGGCUAUUCUGCACAUGCGCACUAAGCUAAUUAGUCUGCACAAUUCGCAGGAAGCUCUGUUUACAUGACAACAUAUCGAGGUCCAAGGCUCUCACAAUGCCCCUUCUAAAGAGAGCUAGAGAAGAUACUUUCACUAAUCCACGCAGCGUGAAGCCACAUUUUACAAGCUCAAGAGUCGGUGGUGCAAACCUGAAGAAGAGGGUUACUAUACACACAGACACUGGUAAUGAAAACACUCUCAAAGCUCUGAAGGACAACAAUGUGUGCCUUGCUGCUGCUUUAGAUGCUAGCAAGCUGAGCUACAGAGGUCUUCUUGAGGACUUUGUGCUGCUUCAAAAGGAGAGACAAGAGUUACUGGAGAGGGUCUUCAGUAUGGAGUCAAGGCUCUGUGAUCAACAAAAAAUUGUCUCCGAGCAGGUACGCCCUGUAUUCAAGCUGCUGAACCAGGCUGAGAAAAACCUCUCUUCUGCUAGACAUUUGCUAACUACCCUCCUGACCACACAGUCCUCUUCAGAAUGUCAUGGAGAUCCGUUCUCCCCCUCUCUCUCCCCCAUACACAAUGCAGCCGACUCAUACUAUGUCAAACCACACUCCAGCACACUACUGCCUCUACCAAGUACAGGGAACGAGCACAAGCAAACUACACACUAUACUCAUCACGGAGCUAAGACCUUCCCCAAAACACCCCAUCCAAUCGUUGCCAUAUCCAACCCAGCAUCGAGCAUGAAAACAGACCAAUUUCUGCUGAGUUGUGAGCCAAAAGCACUGGACUUUGAUCAAGAUGACUCUGUCAGUCAAGGUGCUCAUACUCCUCUACCUAGCAGAAGUGUUGAACCGGGAGACCUAGCUCAGUUCAAGGCAGAAGCAGCUAACCUUUACAGCAUUUGUGAAGAUGCCAACUCAUCGUAUCAACCUCUCCUCAAGACUAAGUCAAAAAUGUCUAUGAAAGAAAGCCGUAAAACUGUUGCUCAGAAGAUACCAAAGCCCAAUAAUGAAGUUGGCAGACUACAGACGACUGUAUCUACUGCAAGGCCUCGACGAGCAUGCUCCACUCUCAACAUAUCCUACCAAGAGCCCAGCUUGAGAAGCAAGCUGCAUUUUGAUGGGAACACUAACUCUGUGAAAGCUCACGAGAAUCCUGUAACAUGCAAAGCUGCUAAAACUAAAAACAAAAAUGCUCUCCAAGAUGUUACCAACAAAAGACAUUGAGUGAGGGCCAUAAAGAGAAACAAACAUGAACAGAACAGUAUCAUACCUACAUGUGAAAUCAUACUUAAUACACUUAAUAAUUAUACUGUGUGUGUUAUGUUCAGA